CUAAAAAAACAGUUGCUUUAAUUCUGGUCCUUAUUAAACGCACAUUCGUAUGAUUAAAUAGCAGGUAGAGCUCAUGUCCGGCACGAGUAGAAAUUGAUAUUUGGGAAGCCAAAAACAGAGAGAACAAAAAUGGGAAGCAAUAACAGAGAGUCAACUUUUUACAAAGAAGUGUUGCCAUUUACAGCUAUGGUGACUAUGGAAUGUAUAAAUGUUGGUUUAAAUACACUUUACAAAGCUGCUACUAACAAAGGCAUGAGUAAUCAUGUCUUUGUUGUUUACAGUUAUGGUCUUGCUGCUCUUCUACUUCUUCCUUCUCCUUUCUUCUCCACAAGAUCAAGAGUACUUCCACCUCUCAAUUGCUCAAUUCUUGCCAAAAUCCUUCUACUUGGAGUUAUCGGGAGUACAUCACAGAUAAUGGGGUAUACAGGCAUCAACUAUAGCUCUCCUACGCUUGCCUCCGCCAUCAGCAAUCUUGUCCCUGCUUUUACUUUCGUUCUCGCUGUCAUUUUCAGGAUGGAGAAGAUACAAUUGAAAAGAUCAACCACUCGGGCCAAAGUGUUGGGCACGGUGGUAUCCAUAGCUGGAGCAUUCGUAGUGACUAUAUACAAAGGCCCAAAAUUAUUAGUGCCUACCACAUCCACGCCCAAUUUACUACGUCAACCUCUCAGCUCAUCUCAAUCGAAUUGGAUGCUUGGUGGUCUUUUCCUCACAACUGAAUAUUUUUUAGUCCCCAUGUGGUAUAUAGUUCAGACAUGGAUUAUGAAGGAAUAUCCAGCAGAAGUGACUGUAGUUUUCUUCUACAACUUGUGUGUUAGCAUCCUAGCUGGUAUUGUAGGAUUUCUCUCUGAACCUGACUCAAACAAAUGGAUAAUUAAACCGGAUAUUGCACUGGCAUCUAUCCUCUGCUCUGGAAUAUUGGGGUCAUCCCUAAACAAUACAAUUCACACCUGGGCUUUGCGCGUGAAAGGACCUGUCUAUGUGGCAAUGUUCAAACCACUAUCCAUCGCAAUUGCAGUUGCCAUGGGAGUCAUUCUCCUAGGAGAUACUCUUUAUUUGGGAAGCAUCCUUGGAGCGACAAUAAUUGCCAUUGGAUUCUAUACUGUAAUGUGGGGAAAGGCAAAAGAGAUGCCUGAAUAUAUUGAUUCUAGUGAUCUCGAGUCGUCUCCAGACCAAAAGUUCCCGUUGUUACACAAUUACAAAAAUGAAGACAUCUAAAACAAGUAAGCAAUUAGUUGGAAGGCAGAAAGGGAUGUCACACACACAAAAGGCUGUAGCUGCAAAGCACGAAAUUCGCAAGUCACAAUAGAAUGUUCCACUUGUAUAGGAAGAAACAAGACGCUGCUCUGGAAAAAAAAAGGAGCAGCAAAUUGUUGGCAUAUAUAUCCAUCCUUUGUUCUGUACAGCUAUUCUGUAAAAAAGACUUCUUUACUACUAACAUAUUAUCAUUUGGCUUCAAAGUACUAAAAGUCAUAACAGAAUGUUCCACUUGUAUCUCAGGAAUGAACUAAAGCCUAUUUUAGUACUGUAACUGAAAAAAAAAAUUAAAAAGUGGAACUGGUAAUUAAGGCCUUGCUAGUUAAUCUCCAUUGAACAAGGAUUGUAUCUCAAUGGGUUCUAAUGUAAUUUAUACUAAGAAGAUUGUUAAA